CUGACAGCUCCUCUUGGUGUUGUGUUGCAGCUUCCCUCCUUCGCUCGCCGCUCGAACAUCCUCACGGGGCUGCAGGACCCAGCCGUGGACACCAGGCCCAAGCUGGAUCUCAGCUCCUCUGGCAAGAGCCAGCAGCACCAGUAUGAACUCAACAGCAAGAAGCACCACCAGUACCAGCCCAACGGCAAGGAGAGCAGCAUGAAGCACCAGUCCCACAGCAAAGGGAAGUAUUACUAUCAGCUGAACAGCAAAAAGCACCACCACUACCAGCCAGACCCCAAGAUGUACGAGCCCCAUUACCAGCCCAGCAGCAAGGAGCCACAGGGCCAGGCCUGCUUGGACAGUAACAAGACCCCCCUGGUCACCCACCCGGACAAGUGGGCUCAUGGCCCGGCCAAAAACCUGCUGGGCACGGUCAAGAACCUCACAACAGAGAGUAAGAAUGGGGCUGAGAAGAACCUGUCCAGUGGUACUGGGCCACCCCCCCGGGACAGGGUGACCAGCAACGGCCUUGGGGGAAAGAUGAAGAUCGUCAAGAACAAAAACAAGAACGGGCGCAUUGUGAUCGUCAUGAGCAAGUACAUGGAGAACGGCAUGCAGGCCGUGAAGAUCAAGUCUGGGGAGCCUCCCCGGAAGCGUGCGGAGGAGAGGACUCCUAAGAAGGGUGGGGAGGAGAAGCUGGAGGCUUGGAGGAAACCAGGGGAGGAGAGGGUGGUGGGCAGCAAUACCCUGAACAAAGCAGAGGGCGAUGUCCGGCAGCCUCCAACGGAGCCGGAGGAAAAGCCCCAAAAGACUCCCAUGGCCAAGGAGCUGCCCCUUCCUCCGGCAGAGCAGCCCUUGCAGCUCACCACCAAGCCAGACCUCGUGCCCUGGUCCCUGAGUCCUGUGUGUGAGCACAGCCCUUCCUCCAUGGGACUGAACCUCUCCAGCGCCGGCUCACGG